CGGGCCGGGAUGGGGCAGCGCGAUCGGAUGUUCAAGGUGCUGGUGGUGGGGGAUGCCACGGUGGGCAAAACAUCGCUGGUGCAGCGCUACGCCAACGACAGCUUCAACCGGCACUACAAAUCCACCGUGGGAGUGGAUUUUGCACUGAAGGUGGUUCAGUGGUCGGAGUCGGAGACGGUUCGGCUGCAGCUCUGGGACAUUGCAGGGCAGGAACGUUUCACGUCCAUGACCCGCCUGUACUACAGGGAAGCCUCAGCCUGUGUCAUCAUGUUCGAUGUCACCAACAGCAGCACCUUCAGCAACAGCCAGAAGUGGAAACAGGACCUGGACAGCAAAUUGGUGCUGCCAGACGGGAGCCCUGUGCCCUGCCUGCUGCUGGCCAACAAGUGUGACCUGUCCCCCUGGGCAGUGACCAGGGAAGAAGUCGAUCGCUUCAGCAAGGAAAACGGAUUUUCAGGCUGGGUGGAGACGUCAGUGAAGGAGAACAAGAACGUCCACGAGGCCAUGAGGGUUCUGAUUGAGAAGAUGAUGUCCUCGUGCACAGGAGAUGGGAGCUCAGCCCCUGCUGGGACUGGGGAUUACAUCAACAUCAAGGAGCCCUCUCCUCCAGGCUGGGCCUGCUGCUGAACCCUCCUCAUCUUCCUCAUCCUCAUCCUCACCAUCACCACCUUUCCCUAAACUCUCACUGUGAUUUUGGACUUGGAGUGAGAAGAUUUAGAAGAUUCCUCUUUUUUUUUUUUUUUUUUUUUUUUUUUUUU